UUUGUUGGAUGUUACAAUGAUGUGAUGAAGCAAUCUGUGUCCUUUUCCUGCGUGGCCCUCUUUUUGGUUUCUGAGUUUUCUUUAUUAUUUUAUUCAUACAAACAUUGCUUAUUCUACAUUAUUGUACAACUUUACACGGAUUGCAUUAUAUCAUAUAUAUCACAGGAGGAAAGGCUUUGCAGUUGGGACAGAGCAGGAUUUUAUUGGACUGCCUUAAGGUGCAGAUUCAGGGAUAUUCACCCUUCACCCUGCCAUGAGCAGCUGUCUGUGAUGGCACAGACCCAUUUCAGAAAAAUGCAGGGAUUAAAUGCUUGUGAUGGCAGUUUGUAGGCAUUUGCUCCCACCAUGUUCUGUGGGGAUUCUUCUUCUGAAUGAGGCAGAGAGAUGGGACUUCUGGUUGCUUUGAAAGUGAGGUUUGUUUUUCUUAUCUCCUACAGAAAAUGUGAGUUCUUGUUACAGGUGUUGAGAGCUUGGCCAGAAGUCACACCUCAUGGUUACAAGAUCUUUUAAGGAUUUAUUAGCCACUGCCAAUUUCUGUUUCUAAUCCAAUACUAAGAAAUUUCAUCUAAUUUCUUCCCUGAGGAAGAAUCCCUGUGUUUGUUGGGGGUUGUUGGGGUGUCCUUGCAGAGCCAGAACUGGACUGGAUCAUCCUCCUCCAACUAAGAAUAUUCUGUAGCUCUGUGUAUUUAUAAGUGCCUGGAGCAACAUGAUGAGGCGAAAUUAUUUCAAAAUGAAAGAGGGAAGUGUGAUAAUUGAUAAAUUAUUUGUGUUAAUCAUAGAAGUUUUGGAGUUUGCAUAAACCAGAAUACUUAAAAUAAAAAAAAAGAACAUGGACCUAGACAAAGAGAAAUAUAUUAUUAAACCCAUUCUGUUUAAAUCCAUCUGUUAUAUUAUGUUUCCUAAAUAAGUUGUAUCUACUGACAGCUUGCAAAACAAGGCUUUCACACAGCCUAACAGAUUCUGCAGAAUCAGAUUUCUUACCUUUGCGUGAUCAAUCACAAACUAUCUACUAAAGAUCAGAAUUCCCACUUCUGUUUUUUAUCCACCAAGACCAGAUGGUUACCUGACCGAUCGUCCAAGAGCUGUCCCACGGAAGUCUGGAAGUUUAUUUGACCACCACUGCUUACCUUGCAGAACUACUACAACAAAACAAUAUCAAUUAUUGAUUACUACAAGGAAAACCAGACUAUAAAAAGGGAGCUACAAACCAAGUUCGGUGGAAGCGUGGAGGGGGAGGUGACCCCUCACGUUUCCCCAGCGCUGCUUGCUCUGUCUAUAUAAAAUAACCCGAUCUAAAUUUUGCUGAAUAUCGAGACUUUGUUUCUUAUUUGUAACAGAAGUAUUAGACUGAAUAUUAGGACGGGAUCCUUGUCUGUGAGGGCGGGCGCAGGUUUGCCGAGCUCAGCGGUGGCUGCGGCCGGGCCGAGCCCGCGGUACCAACAACAUCCCGGCGCCUCCCGAACGCGAACGCUGCGGCUUUAAGGAGGCGGACGGGGCGUGUGCCCGGCCCGGCAUGUCGUGAGGGGGCCGGGCUGCCAUGUACCACCUGCCCCCGCUGCCGUGAGGGGCCGGGCUGCCAUGUAACGCCUGUCCCCGCUGCCGUGAGGGCCGUGCUGCCAUGUACCGCCUGUUCCGCAUGUCCCCGCUGCCGUGAGGGGCCGGGCUGCCAUGUACCGCCUGCCCCCGCUGCCGUGAGGGGCCGGGCUGCCAUGUACCGCCUGUACCGCCUGCCCCCGCUGCCGUGAGGGGCCGGGCCGCUGCCGUGAGGGGGCCGGGCCACCACUUACCGCCUGUCCUUGCCGUCGUGAGGGGCCGGGCCGCUGCCGUGAGGGGGCCGGGCCACCACUUACCGCCUGUCCUUGCCGUCGUGAGGGGCCAGGCCGCUGCUGUGAGGGGGCCGGGCCGCCACGCACCGCCUGUCCCCGCAGCCGUGAGGGGCCGGGCCGCUGCCGUGAGGGCCGUGCUGCCAUGUACCGCCUGUUCCGCAUGUCUCCGCUGCCGUGAGGGCCGUGCCGCCAUGUACCGCCUGUGCCGCCUGUCCCCGUUGCUGUCCCCUCCGCUGUCCCCUCCGCUCUCCUCCCUGCUGUCCCCGCCGCUGGGCCCCGCCCGGGCCGCGCUCCCGCUCCGCGCCAGCUCCAAGGGUGCAGCUGAACCCCUCAAAAAGACAGCCUCUGAUCCCAGUGCUGAAGACAAGAAACUCAACAAAUCCCAGCAGCUGAAACAAAUUUUUAAAGAAUAUGGUGCUGUAGGGGUUUCCUUCCAUGUUGGAAUUUCCUUAGUAUCUCUGGGAAUCUUCUACCUGGCUGUGUCAAGCGGUGUGGACAUGGAGGCCGUGCUGUUCAGGCUGGGUUUCAGCGAGGCCUCUCUGCAGUCCAGGAUGGCAGCUGGCACCAGCACCUUUGUCCUGGCCUAUGCUGUGCACAAGCUCUUCGCCCCCGUGCGCAUCAGCAUCACCGUGGUGUCCGUGCCCUUCCUGGUGCGCUACUGCCGCAAGGUCGGCUUCUUCAAACCGCCCGCCUCGGGCCCCUGAGCCCUCCUGCCCCUCCAGUGCUCCCUGCCCUGCUCCCUCUUCAGCUGCAGAGAUUCUGUCAAAGACUUGGCUGGCUUCAGGUUGAGCUCUUCUUACUUGUUCUUCCAGGUAAAUGGCGCUGUGAAAAGUGCUGUCCUUGUCUCCUUUCCCUUUUGCUAUUUCGUCUUAGGAAAAACCUGUUCAGGUGGGAUCUGGUUUGCACUUCAAGUGGGAAUAUAAUGCUUGACAAUGAGCAGAGUUCUGGGUCUUUGUAAUCCAGCUUUUUGAGCCUUCUUGUUUUCCUUUUCAAAACAGAAUCAUAGUAUUGAUUUAUUACUGUGUAGCUGAAAAACUGUGAGAUUCUCUUCCCAGCAGAAUAAAUAUCUCACUCCAUGGGUAGGUUUCUUAUUAAGGGUAUGUAUUGGAGGCUGAAGUGGCAAGUGGGUGUUUCUUUUUGAUAGAGGUUUUUAUUACAGCCCUUCUUGCAGUACAACACAGGCACUGAAGUCACUUCAGUGGGAGCACCUCUGUGAUUAAUUAUUGCAGUCAUAAUUGCUUUAGUCACAAUAGAUGAAGCACUGUUCUGAAACUAUGUGUAGUGCUUCCAUAGUCCAAGUUUGUAUUGUUUGAAAAUGUGCUAGGAGCCAGCCUUACUAAAGUCCUUUUGUUUUUUAAAUGUCAAUAGACUCAGAAGAAAUCCUGAGUCUACUGAAAUCAGUAUAACCAGAAUUAGCUGUGUGAACAUCCUCCAUACAGAAUCAAGGCAGAAAGAAGCUGGAGGGUGUUAAGAUUUUGAGAUCUGGCUUUGUACUGGAAACUUUUAAAUACUAAAACUAACCCCAGCACCUGAAGUCCAAACCUUCCAAUUCCCAGCUUCCCAGGAAGAAUUCCUGUGCUUUGGGCUGAGACUGGUGAAUGUAGCAAUGAGGGGGUUUUGCCUUUCCUUAUGGGGACUCUGUGGUGAUAGAAAAAUGUGUUUACAGAUGUGGACAUCCACAUUCCACCUUCCAGUUAACCUGAGUACUGAUCCCCAAACAGAUAAAUUAGUGUCACACUGGGGUAAGCCUGGAUUUUGGAUUGCACCAUAACUCCUUCCCCUCCCAGAAAGUCACAGGUUUCAUGUGGACCAAGAAUAAGAAUUCCAAAAUAUCUGAGGCAGCCUUGUUUACUUCAGUUGGAAUAAUUUACAAGCAGGAUGUUUUGCCUUGUAAUAGAGGAGUAUUAAAUCUCAUAAUCAUAAGGCUGAAAUAAUUUUAAAUAAAUGCACCUAAGAGUCAGUAGAAGGCACCAGCUCUAAGCUGAAGUUUCCUUGGUGUAAAGAAACAGCCUCAUGUAAAUUAUGGUCAGAAUUCUGAUUACUUAUAUAGUUGUAUAAACUACUGGCAGUUUGUUCAGAUGUUUUUUGCAAAAUAUAUUUUAAAUUAAUUCAAGAAUAUAUUUUGAAUUCUGGAAUCCUUGCUUGUAGAAGGAUCAUUUUUUUAAAAUUGUUUGUAAAAUAGCAAGAAGUCUUAGAUUGAAAAAACAAUAAAUUGCUUUCUCUUA